AUGGGCGGCCCGGCGGCGCGGAGGGGCGCCGGGGGGCUCCGCGCGCUGCUGCUGGCGCUGGUGGCCGCGGGGAGCCCCGCGGGCGCCUACAACUUGGACCCGCAGCGCCCCGUGCGCUUCCAGGGCCCCGCCGGCUCGUUCUUCGGCUACGCGGUGCUGGAGCACUUCCACGACCACACGCGCUGGGUCCUCGUGGGUGCACCGAAGGCAGAUUCCAAAUACAGCACUUCAGUGAAGUCCCCGGGGGCUGUGUUUAAGUGCCGAAUCCACACCAACCCUGACCGGAGAUGCACCGAACUGGACAUGGCUCGAGCAAGGAAUCGGGGCGCGCCCUGCGGGAAGACGUGCCGGGAAGACCGGGACGAUGAGUGGAUGGGAGUGAGCCUGGCCCGGCAGCCCAAGGCCGACGGCCACGUGUUGGCCUGUGCCCACCGCUGGAAGAACAUCUACUACGAAACAGACCACAUCCUGCCCCACGGCUUCUGCUAUAUCAUCCCGUCCAACCUGCAGGCCAAAGGCAGGACGCUGAUCCCGUGCUACGAAGAGUACAAGAAGAAGUACGGGGAGGAACACGGCUCCUGCCAGGCGGGGAUCGCCGGCUUCUGCACCGAGGAGCUGGUGGUGAUGGGCGCCCCAGGGUCGUUCUACUGGGCUGGGACGGUCAAAGUGCUGAACCUGACGGACAACACCUAUUUCAAGCUGAAUGAUGACGUGAUCAUGAGCAGGCGGUACACCUACCUGGGCUAUGCAGUGACCGCUGGCCACUUCUCUCACCCAUCCACUACUGACGUGGUGGGAGGUGCCCCCCAGGACGAAGGCGUCGGAAAGGUUUAUAUUUUCAGAGCCGAUCGACGAUCCGGCACGCUGAUCAAGGUUUUUCAGGCAUCAGGUAAAAAGAUGGGCUCUUACUUCGGCUCCUCCUUGUGUGCAGUGGACCUGAACGGCGACGGCCUCUCUGACCUGCUGGUGGGGGCCCCCAUGUUUUCUGAAAUCAGGGACGAGGGGCAGGUGACCGUCUACAUCAACAGAGGAAACGGAGCCCUGGAGGAGCAGCUGGCUCUGGCCGGGGAUGGCGCCUACAACGCACACUUCGGGGAGAGCAUCGCCAGCCUGGGCGACCUGGACGACGACGGCUUCCCAGAUGUGGCCAUUGGCGCACCCAAGGAAGAUGACUUCGCAGGCGCGGUAUACGUCUAUCACGGCGACGCUGGAGGGGUGGUGCCCCGGUACUCCAUGAAACUGUCCGGGCGGAAGAUAAAUCCAGUUCUGCGGAUGUUUGGCCAGUCCAUAUCGGGAGGCAUUGAUAUGGACGGCAAUGGCUAUCCUGAUGUCACUGUUGGAGCCUUCAUGUCCGACAGCGUGGUCCUGCUGAGGGCCAGGCCCGUCAUCACCGUGGACGUGUCCAUCUUCCUCCCGGGCUCCAUCAACAUCACGGCGCCCCAGUGUCACGACGGACAGCAGCCCGUGAACUGCCUGAACGUCACCACCUGCUUCCGCUUCCACGGCAAACACGUCCCGGGAGAAAUCGGCCUGAAUUACGUCCUGACCGCCGACGUGGCCAAAAAGGAGAAAGGGCAGCUGCCGCGGGUCUACUUUGUGCUGCCGGGAGAGACGGCGGGCCUGGUCACCGAGAGGCUGCAGCUGGCGCACAUGGAGGAGGCGUGCCGCCACCACGUGGCCCAUGUCAAGCGAAGAGUGCAGGAUGUCGUCAGCCCGAUCGUGUUCGAAGCGGCCUAUAGCCUCGGCGAGCACCUCACCGGACAGGAGGACAGGGAGCUGCCGGCCCUGACGCCCGUGCUCCGCUGGAAGAAGGGACAGAGGAUUGCCCAGAAGAAUCAGACUGUGUUUGAGAGAAACUGCCGCUCUGAGGAGUGCGCCGCUGACUUGCAGCUGCGGGGCAAGCUGCUGCUGUCCAGUGUGGAUGAAAAGACCCCGUACCUGGCUCUGGGGGCUGUGCGGAACAUCUCCCUGAACGUCUCCAUCGCCAACAUGGGGGACGACGCCUACGACGCCAACGUGUCCUUCAACGUUUCCCGCGAGCUCUUCUUCAUCAACAUGUGGCAGAAGGAGGAAAUGGGUGUUUCCUGCGAGCUGCUGGAAUCCGACUUCCUCAAAUGCAGCGUGGGAUUUCCGUUCAUGAGGUCCAAGUCGAAGUACGACUUCAGCGUGAUCUUUGACACGAGCCACCUGUCCGGGGACGAGGACGUGCUCAGCUUCGUCGUCACAGCUCAGAGUGGAAGUGUUGGGAGACUGAGAGCCUUACACGGUGUCUUCACCGGCCCGGCUCCACUCCAGGACCACCCCGCGCUUUCCUCCUCCAGAGUGCCAUCUCCAAGCUCCUUUGUGUACGGCGAGAGCGCGGACACAGCCAGCCUCACCCAGCUGGGCGACCUCGAGUGCCAGUUUCAGCCGAUCAACGUCACCCUGCAGGUCUACAACGCAGGCCCGAGCACCCUCCCCGCAGCGUCCGUCACCCUCUCUCUCCCCAGUCGACUGUCGGCCGGCGGCGCCGAGAUGUUCCACGUCCAGGAGGUGCUGGUGGGCCAGGAGAAAGGCAACUGCUCCUUCCAGAAAAACCCGACGCCCUGCAUCGUCCCCCAAGAGCAAGGCAGCAUCUUCCACACGAUCUUCGCUUUCUUCACCAAGUCCGGGAGGAAAGUCCUGGACUGUGGAAACCCGGGAACCCCCUGCCUGACGAUGCACUGUAACCUCAGUGCCCUCGCGAGAGAGGAGAGCCGUGUGAUAGACAUCUACCUGCUGCUGAACACAGAGAUCCUGAAGAAGGACAGUUCCUCUGUUAUCCAGUUCAUGGCUCCGGCCAAGGUGAAGGUGGACCCUGCCCUGCGCGUGGUGGAGCUGGCCGACGGGAACCCGGAGGAGAUGAUGGUGGUCUUCGAGGCCCUGCACCACCUGGAGCCCCGUGGCUACGUCGUGGGCUGGAUCAUCGCCAUCAGCCUGCUGGUGGGGAUCCUCAUCUUCCUGCUGCUGGCCGUGCUGCUCUGGAAGGUGGGCUUCUUCCGCCGAAGAUACAAAGAGAUCAUCGAAGCCGAGAAGAACCGGAAAGAAAACGAAGACAGCUGGGGCUGGGUGCAGAAAAACCAGUGACCCGCCACACCGGUCAAGCGACCCACUCGGCAGCCCGUCGCCCUCGAUCUUUGUAUCUUCCAUAUUUGGAAGAAAAAAAGAAAUGUUCUCCAGAUUUUUCGGAGGCCCCACUGAUGCUGUCCCCGUCCUCAUUCUGCAGAGCCCAGGUGCUGGCCUGAGGCGGCCACGGCAGCCAGGCCACUUGACCGGAGCCACCGCCCUGCCUUUUCGAGAUGAACCGUGGAGAGCGAGCUACGCGCCCAGCAGUAUUUAUGGAUGCAGCGUGCGUGGUCAACCCUCAGGGGAAAACUAUUGCCUAAAAGUAUUUUUAUAAAUCUAAGCCUUUUAUAUGGAUUAUGUCUAUAUUUGUACCGAUGUUUUAUUAUUUCUAUUAAAUAGCUAUAUAAUUCACUCAAGCACGGAUCUCGGGCCUGAAGUCUUGGCAAACAGGAUGGAAAUCUAUCUGUGCUUUGGGACUCCCUGUUAUAGAGGACUUGCCGAUGGAACAAGCCAAGGAAGCCUGGAGUCCUGGACCCACCGCGCGGCGGUGCUGCGUGCCCGGCGGGGCUGUGCGGAACCCUGGGGCUUUGUAUGUCCGCAGCCUGCGCUCACGUUCGGAGCCAGGCGCUACGGAGCCCCACGUGGCUUCCCCUGUGCACCUCCCCUUGGAAGAUUCCCAGCAGGAAUUUGGACGGGAAACGUCUGCUCUGCAUCACAACUCCUCCUCCUCCUCCUCCUCCUCCUCCUCCUCCUCCUCCUCCUCC